UUGGGAGGUGCACGGUGCGGCGCGGAAGGGGAAGGGGAAGGGGAGGGAGGAGGCGCCACUUGCCGUGGGCGGCGGGCAGGACAGGACAGGACGGGACAGGACAGGCCCGGGCCGGGCGGGCGGGGCUAGGAUCGGGCGCGAUGGCGAGCGGAGCGGGAGCGGGUCGGGGUCGGAGACGGAGGGAAGCCGAGGGCGGCUGAUGGAGUCGCUGGCCGCCUACGUGUACAAGGCGGCGAGCGAGGGCCGGGUGCUGACGCUGGCCGCGCUGCUGCUCAACCGCUCGGAGGUGGAGAGCCGGCGGCUGUUGGCGCAGGUGAGCCCGGGGCCUGGUGUGGGGCCUGGGCCUGGUGUGGGGCCGGGGCCUGGGCCUGGGCAGCGGGCCACGCCGCUGAUCGCCGCCUCCCGUAACGGCCACGCCAAGGUGGUGAGGCUGCUGCUGGAACACUACGGCGUGGAGACGGAGCAGACCGGCACCGUCCGCUUCGACGGCUACGUGAUCGACGGCGCCACGGCGCUGUGGUGCGCGGCCGGAGCCGGACACCUGGACGUGGUCAAGCUGCUGGUGGCCGGCGGCGCCAACGUCAACCACACCACGGCCACCAACUCCACCCCGCUCCGCGCCGCCUGCUUCGACGGCAGGCUCGACAUUGUGCGCUUCCUGGUGGAGAACCGCGCCGACAUCCGCAUCGCCAACAAGUACGACAACACAUGCCUGAUGAUCGCCGCCUACAAGGGCCACAGCCAGGUGGUCAGGUACCUGUUGGAGCAGCACGCUGAUCCCAAUGCCAAGGCACAAUGCGGAGCCACUGCACUACACUUUGCGGCUGAAGCUGGCCACCUAGAGAUCGUGAGGGAGCUGGUGAAGUGGCGGGCAACCAUGGUGGUGAAUGGGCACGGCAUGACUCCCCUGAAGGUGGCGGCAGAGAGCUGCAAGGCUGACGUGGUGGAGCUGCUGCUGUCGCAUGUGGACUGUGACCUUGAGAGUCGUAUCGAGGCCCUGGAGUUGCUGGGUGCCUCCUUCGCCAACGACCGGGAGAACUACGACAUCGAGAAGACCUACCACUACCUGUACCUGGCCAUGCUGGAGCGGCACCGUGAAUCCGACCAUCCGCUGGAGAAGGACACCCUCCCUUCCAUCGAGGCCUACAGUGGGCGCACAGAGAGCAGGACGCCGCAGGAGCUGGAGUCUAUCCGGCAGGACAGGGACGCCCUUCAUAUGGAAGGGCUGAUUGUCCGCGAGCGGAUCCUGGGCUCCGACAACAUUGACGUUUCGCACCCCAUCAUCUACAGGGGGGCCGUGUACGCUGACAGCAUGGAGUUCGAGCAGUGCAUCAAGUUGUGGCUCCACGCCUUGCACUUGAGGCAGAAGGGCAACCGCAACACCCACAAAGACCUCCUCCGCUUUGCGCAGGUUUUCUCACAGAUGAUUCACCUCAACGAGCCCGUGAAAGCCAGGGACAUCGAGAAUGUCUUGAAGUGCAGCGUGCUGGAAAUAGAAAGGGGCAUGUCGCGAAUCAAAAGCUCGUCGGACAUCGACGUCCACGCUGCCAUGGACAAUUGCGAAUCGAACAUUUUUACCUUUCUGUACCUGGUCUGCAUCUCCACCAAAACCCAGUGCAGUGAUGAGGAGCGGGCACGCAUCAACAAACAGAUCUACAAGCUGGUUCACCUCAAUCCCCGGACCCGGGAGGGUUCCAGCCUGUUGCAUCUGGCGGUGAACUCUGGCACACCGGUGGAUGACUUCCACACCAGCGACGUGUGCAGCUUCCCCAGCGCUCAGGUCACCAAGCUGCUGCUGGACUGCGGCGCUGACAUGAAUGCGGUGGACAAGGACGGCAAUGGGCCGCUGCACAUUAUCGUGCAGUACAACCGCCCCAUCAGUGACUUCCUCACCCUGCAUGCCAUCAUCAUCAGCUUGGUGGAGGCCGGCGCCCAUGCUGACAUGACCAACAAACAGAAGAAGACUCCGCUGGACAAGAGUACAACCGGUGUGUCCGAAAUCCUCCUCAAGACUCAGAUGAAGAUGAGCCUGAAGUGCCUGGCUGCCCGAGCAGUGAGAGUUAACAACAUCAGUUACAAAAGUCAGAUCCCUCAGUCUUUAGAAGAAUUUGUAGAAUUGCAUUGACUCUUGAGAUAUUCAGAUGAUUCUUUACCAGACUGGUACUAGAUGUGAAAGGCCCACAGCUCACAGAGGAACGUAGGGCCGAGAGAGGUUGUGAAAGUCUUUCACCCGGGCGUACCAACAAUUGGAGCACUUCAGCAUUCAGUGACAUGUGUCUGAUGGUUGUUGGCUUGAGGUUUAAAAUGGUUCCACAUUGCACACGUUCGGGUGUCCAGGUGUAGAUUUCUGGUCAUGCCUGCUGGCUUUAAAUCUUUUGUGUAGGGUGGGUUGGUGCACAGAUGUUGGAAACCAAAGAAAAUCCCAUCUCCACAAACGCCAAUGGAAUAAAACCGCAUUUUGCCUCAGUUGUUACUUUCAUCAAUUCUGCUGUCCCAUGCGAACAGACUUUGGACAGUUCUGAUCAUCAGGAUGCAGGUUCUCAGUUUGAGGAGGAAGAACUAAGAUUGCUCUGAAUUGCAGUAAAGUGAAUAUCGUGUUGCCUUGCUUUACUGCUAAUUGAUUUUGAGAACCUAUAUCAAUUAAAUUAAUCUUGGCAGUUUUUUGAUAGUAACAUGUUCAAAAGGAGCUUGGUUGGUGAAUAAGCGUUGGUACAAUUUGGGCAAUAAAAACAGAACGACCAUGUUAGAAUUGUGAGGGGGGAAAAAAGACAGUGCUGGAGUAACUCACCGGGAUAGACAGCAUCACUGGAGAACAUGGACAAGUGAUGUUUCUGGCUGGGACCUUCUUCAGACCCUUCAGAUAGAAUUGUCAGUUAAACUAUGGGUGCUUUACUUUUUAAUACUUGAAUGUUCCUGUUGAUUUAGAACCAAAUGAGACUUGCAAAAGAUGCUAGAACAAUGCAUCCUUUUUGGAUGGCACUAGGUGCUUUACAGCUAAUGAAGUACACUUGAAGUGUAGUCGCUCUUGUGCGGCAGCCAAUUUGUGCACAGUUAGCACCAACAAACGGUAAUACGAUGAUGGCUUCAUUAUGGAAAGGAGGUGACGCACUCCAAUCUGAACAUCGCGAUAGUCUUGGGACUUCGGAAAUGAUGAAAACAUUUGGGAUGUUUAUUUUAUGAAAUAGCAAUAGAACUGAAUUAUUGGUGGGUGGGAGAAGGAAUUAUGUCCCCUUAACUUUGAUAGAUCAGAUGAAUGUUCUAGUCUCUUUGAUAUCAAUAUUGUUUGCUUUUGGAAGAGAUUUGAAUUUUUUUUUCCAAAUUUGGUUAUUAAGUGCACUCUAUUUACUUUGAUUUGUGGUGUUUAAGCUUUUCCAGCAUAUAGCUGAAUGUCUUUUCCAUUAAUGAGAUAUGGAUUUUGACUGCUAAUAAGGCUAGGAUUUAUUGUCUGUUCCUUACUUGGUCCCUGUAUUGAGGAGGCAGCAAGAUUGUGUUCUUGAGACUAGAGCAGGGUAAAAGCUGAAUGGAGUAAGGGUGACAGAUUUCCAUCUCCGACCGACAUUUGUGAACCAGAUGCCUAUCGUGACUGUCCGACAAUUUCAUGGUCGCUAUUUCUGCUACCAAAUUUUUCUUUGAAGUACUGCAUUUAUUUAUUUACUUGAAUUUAAAUUCUUCAGCUGCUGGUUGUGGACUUUGUUCUUUCCUCUGGAUGCUUGUCAUGUAACUUAACUGCUGAGACUUUGUGUUCAUCAAACUUGCCAAAUAAACCCUAUAGUUGCUGGGCUUGUGCUUGCUAUCAUUGCCAACAGAAAGCUGUAUAGAAAUUGUUCUGCUUGAAUUAGUAGGCACUGGAAUAGGAUCUUUUUGCACAGCAGACCAGUUUAUUGUGCUCUUUGAAACUGCUGUUUGACUAAUUCUACUUCUCCCACCUCCCUCCCACCCAACGAGCCCCUCUGACACUUUUUACCAUUAGGUUUAGGAUGAGCUUUGAUCAUGAGCCUUGUGGGAAUAGAGGGAGAAUUAAAAUUUGGGUUGCAUAAGUAUAUAGGUUAGACUGAAUUUCCCAGUUUAUUUAAAAAUCAUUCUUGAUUUUCUAAAUUGAUCAUUUAGGCAACAAAUAUCUAAAAUUAUCUCAUUGCUGCUGCAAUCUGGUUAAUGGAAAUCCCAGAACAGUGUCAUCAAGCAUGUUAGUGGGCUUAAUGGCAAAUGUCACAGGCAGAUUGGUCCAUGCUUCUUCAUUAAAAGACACAAUGUUGGAGUAACUCAGUGGGUCAGGCAGCAUCUCUGGAGAACAUAGAUAUGUGACGUUGUGGGUCGGGACCCAUUCUCACACACUGGAAAGGGUCCUGACCUGAAACAUCACCUGUCCAUGUUCUCCAGAGAUGUUUCCUGACCCGCUGAGUUACUCCAGCACUGUGUCUUUUUUGUAAAUCAGCAUCUGCAGUUCCUUGUGUCCCGAUGCUUUUACAUUGAUGCAUUUUACCUCGUACCCUUGGAGCUUGCUGUGAUUCAAAUUAUCAUUCCUACAAAUGGGGGACCUGCAUUUGACAAGAGUUGCAUAGUUAGGAAUGCUACCUCUCAUUACCCAGCCUGAAGGAGUAUUUUAUUUGAUGUGUUCUUAAUAGAGUUAUUUAAUAUCAGCAGCCCCUAAUGAAUUGGUAAUGUUUGUAUCUGAUAGCUGGCUGUUUGGCUAUGCAGAGACUAUUUUGUGAUUGCAUGUAGGAUGCAUGUGCACUCUUCCAUGGAUGCCCUAGAUUAUGGAAUCCUACCUGUACUUUUCCCAGUCAGAUAACUAGUGACUAAUUACGUUAACCUCCCAAAUCUAUUAUACUUUCUUAGUAUAGCUGGGCAUAGUUCAAGAAAUUCCCAGGGCAUGAAACUGGUGGGUGUGCACAUUCACUCACGGUUAAUAUUGAUGCUGUUAUCCAAGACUUCAGUGAUGUGUACACCUUUGGAAGCCCAAAAUUAACCCAUUGCAAACUGGAGUGCAGAGUGGAAGUGAGAUGAAAGUCAAAUGAUCAUUAGUGCGAAUUUUUCAUUUUACUUUGUGUAAAUUAUUUUUUUAAAUUAUGAAACCAAUUUAGAAUGGGAUUCUAAAGAAUGCUCUUUGUAUGACAUACUGUUAGAACCAAUUGGAGCCACCAUUGAGGACCUGACAUUGGUUCACUGUGUGUCUAUGAAGUGCCCAAUUUAAAUGUCAUUUCUUUGGCGAUGUUGCAUUCAGUAACCGACACAUAACAGAGAGCCUGAAGUUGUAGUUGUUUUUGUUUUCAAAGUCCUUUUAAGCAGUGUACUAAAUUAUUCAGACCAAAACUCAGCAUUGCCACUGAAUGCCUUAAUGGGAACAAUAAUGGUAGGAGGAUAAAAACAAUUCUAUGUCACUUUUCUAAUACAGGGGCCAAUUAAGGGACUGUCCCACUGACGCAGUUUUUUUUUCAGCGACUUGCUGGCACCUGUCAUAGUCGCAGCAGGUUGCCGAAAAUUUUCAACAUGUUGAAAAUCUAGCGACAACCAGAAAAAAGUACGACUCUUUGGCCGACUACUCGCCACCACACAGGCGUCACGUGACACCUGCUUGGUGGUAAAGAGUGCCCCUUUUUCUGAUCGCCGCUGGAUUUUCAACAUGUUGAAUGUUUUUGGCAACCUGCUGCGACUAUGAUGGGUACAGGCAAGUCACCGAAAAAAAAUUGCGUAAGAGGGACAGGCUCUUAAGCCUUUCUGCUUUCAACUUGAUGUUUGAAUUGCUGAUUUGCAACAAUUGAGAUUUUGUCAGGCAGCCUUUUAAAAAGAUAAACAUCUGACUGAAUUGCAGCUUAAUGUGGCAGUUUGUAAAUAAAUAAUUUAGGCUCUUCCCCUCUCAUGGUCAUGUAAGAAACUAUCCAAACAUUUUUAAUGGUGAGAGUCAGUGACCAUCUAUGCCAGAGGGUGCAGAAUCUAUCUGGAUGUUUUGAGUUGAAAUGCCAUGGCACUUUGCACUAUUAUUCCUCAGGAUGUACAACCUUAUGUAACUUGUUCGCCCGUAAUUCCCAAGAUGGGGAUUUAAUUGUCCCUAAAAUUUAAGUUAGUUGCAAAAUUAGAUUUAUUACUGGAUUUUUAGACAUGCCUUUUAUGUCGGUUUCCACUGAAUUCCCACACUACUGUUUUUUGGAAAGACGGGGGAAUUAUGUAUCAAAAUCAUUUGUUCUCGUAACUUGUAAAAUGUGACUGUUUUGUUUAAAUAAAGCUAUAAUGUACACUGAAAACAAACAUCAGGAUUUGCUUUGAAUAAAAGUCCAGAUCGUGAUUGUGUA